AUGCCUUCCCUCCCCUUGCUCUCUCCCGCCUGGCGCCUGAAGCGCAGCCACCCGGGCUGGAAGCGAGGAGCCGCCGCCGCUGCCCGGACCUCUCCGGGUGGAGGGCCCGACCGCGGUGGUCGGAUCCGAACACCCGGGACCAACGUGACCCGGCACCCGGGGGCCCACAGGCUCUGCGCCCACCAGCGGAAGCCUGAGUUUGGGCCUCGCCGCCCCGCAGAUCCCGGGGCGCGGGGACAGUGUCCUCCGGUCGCCCCGGUGGCAGUGGGGACCGUGGCCCACUCUCACCUUCUUUCUGCCUGUUGCCUGCAGGGUUCUCCCUACGACCACACGCCGGGCAUGGCGGGCUCCUUGGGGUACCAUCCCUACGCGGCGCCCCUGGGCUCCUACCCUUACGGGGACCCCGCGUACCGCAAGAACGCCACGCGGGACGCCACUGCCACGCUCAAGGCCUGGCUCAACGAGCACCGCAAGAACCCCUACCCCACCAAGGGCGAGAAGAUCAUGCUAGCCAUCAUCACCAAGAUGACCCUCACCCAGGUGUCCACCUGGUUCGCCAACGCGCGCCGGCGCCUCAAGAAGGAGAACAAGAUGACGUGGACCCCGAGGAACCGGAGCGAGGACGAGGAGGAGGAGGAGAACAUCGACCUGGAGAAGAACGACGAGGACGAGCCGCAGAAGCCCGAGGACAAGGGCGACCCCUCGGGCCCCGAAGCAGGAGGAGCGGAGCCGAAAGCGGCUGCGGGCUGCGAAAGGCUGCAGGGGCCGUCCACGCCCGCCGCCUCGCCGGCCCCUGCACCAUCACGCUCGCCCUCGGCGCAGUGUCCCUUCCCGGGCGGGACCGUCCUGUCCCGGCCUCUUUACUACACGGCGCCCUUCUAUCCGGGCUACACGAACUAUGGCUCCUUCGGACACCUUCACGGUCACCCUGGGCCCGGGCCAGGCCCCACGACCGGUCCGGGCUCGCAUUUCAAUGGAUUAAACCAGACGGUGUUGAAUCGAGUGGACGCUUUGGCUAAAGAUCCGAAAAUAUUGCGGAGCCAGUCCCAGCUAGACCUGUGCAAAGACUCUCCCUAUGAAUUGAAGAAAGGUAUGUCCGACAUUUAACGCGGGCUGCGUCGGUCCCGGACUUUCCUAAUUUAUUUAAAAAAAACAAACACAUGGCCUUGGCAGUUAUUUUUCCAUCAACAAGAGAGAAAAAACUACCCCUCCUAUUAAAAAGUUUAUAGUUGAUGGAGAUGGAUGACAUAAAAAUGUAAACAUCACCACACACACACACCACACACACACACACACACAAAUGUCUUAACCCACCGAAAAGUUAAAAUAAGGAUUUGUAUUAAAUCUUAUUCUGUAUAUUUAAUGUAGCAUUUUGUAUUUAAAUUGAUAACUCAAUAUCUUUGAAGUAAAUUAUGAAAUUAAGACACCUAUACAGGCAUCUAAUGGUUUUUUUGUAAUAUAAGUAUAUCCAUUUGUGUCCCCCCCCCCCCCCAAAAAAAACUGUUUCAUAGUUUAAAAAUACAACUUUAAUUUAAUUUUUUUACACCUAUUGAUUUUUUUUCUGGGUAUGAGCUAAAGCAUUAUUUCAGAAAGGAAUCAGGUUAUACUCUUAGAUUUAAAAAGUAAAAAGAAACUGCAGCCGCCUUUGUAAAAUGCAAAGUAUUUAAUUAAAAGAGAUUUUAACAUAA